UAGAAAGGUUAUAUUUAGUAAGUUGUUCUAGAUUCUUUUCCCAGUCUGUGAAAAAAUUAACUCCACUUUAAAAUGACAGAAGUUGUAACUCUGAAAUUGUUUUUUUUUUUUAGUGGAUGAUUCCAUCACCCAGACUUUAAAAGAGGCAUUUGGAGGUCAAGAAAACAAGAAGAAUCUAGUGGAUCCAUAUGUUGAAGCCUGGUUUGCUGGUAAAAAGCUCUGUACACAAAUAAUUGAGAAAAACGCAAACCCAGAGUGGAACCAACAGCUCAACCUACAGGUCAAGUUCCCGUCCAUGUGUGAAAGAAUCAAGCUGACUGUAUUUGACUGGGAUCGCCUCAGUGGGAAUGAUGCCAUAGGCACCACGUAUCUGGAUCUGACCAAAAUAGCAUCCUCUGGUGGUGAAAUUGAAGAGGAUCAUCCAGGAGAUGAGUUUUCAACAUAUAAAGGAGAGACUGGGGAUUCUGAGAUGGGCUUCCUGCCUACUUUUGGCCCUUGCUAUAUAAAUCUGUAUGGCAGCCCGAGAGAGUUCUCAGCCUUAUCUGACCCUUAUGAAGACCUUAAUUUAGGCAAGGGUGAAGGGGCGGCUUACCGAGGUAGAAUACUUGUUGAACUCUCCACAAAACUUGAUGGGAAGGCUGACAAGUCUGUGGAGGAAAUACCAAGCGAUGAUAUCUUAGUUGUUCAGAAAUACCAGCGCAGAAGGAAGUAUUGUCUGUGUGCAGUGUUUCAUAGUGCAACUAUGAUCCAAGAACCAGGGGAGCCCAUUCAGUUUGAAGUUAGCAUUGGCAACUAUGGCAACAAGAUGGACCUAACAUGCAAACCUCUGGCUUCGACCACACAAUACAGCUGUGCUGUUUUUGAUGGUAAUAAUUACUACUACCUGCCCUGGGCCGACACCAAGCCUGUGAUUGCCAUCACAUCCUUUUGGGAGGAUAUCAGUCACCGGUUAGACUCACUGAACACCAUUCUGUAUAUAUCUAACCGUUUGCAAACCAACCUCAGUGCGUUAAAAUCUGCAGUACAGUCCAAAGCUACAGAUGCAAGGCUAGUAGAAAUCUGGCUGAAGCUCAUCAAUCAGUUAAUGGAAGACAUCAGCAGUUUCAGAAUUCCUGACAUGGAGGGGAAGCCCAAUCUCACAGCCCUGGACAUCCAGCAAAAGAUGUUACGGGACCGUGCUCUGGAGAACAUCAUGAAGGGAGCAAAACACUUGUUUGAGGAAGCCACAGAUGUUAAUAAGUGCUUGAGCAUCAUUGAAGGCUGGCUGGACAAACUCAAGCAACUCGCUGAGGAG